UUUUUAGAUAUAUUUACCACCUCAGAAAAUAAUAAAACAGACGGCUAAUAAGUACAUUCUUUUAUUUCAUUUUUUUCUAAAAAAAGUUUCAUUUUUUCUACUUUUUCAUCUUUUUUUUUCAAAAAAACCUCCUAUUAUUCUAAAAACUAAUCCAAACUUCGUAAAUUAUUUUUUUGUUUUUUUUUCCAAUUUAAGGCUAAAAAGUACAUUCUUGUAAUUCUUUUUAUUCAUAAAAAUCCAUUGUUAAUUAAUUUCUGAUUUCCUUCUCUUUUCCUUUUUCUAAUAAUCUAUCUACUACAUUUUAUUAAUCUUAUUUUUACUGACUCUUUUUUUAUUUGAAUAUAAGAUUUCGUUAAUUAUUUAUUAUUUUCGAGAAUCUUAUUUAUUCCAACUCUCCAUUGUAGUCCCAAAAGUGUUAUUUAAAUUAUUAUUUUUUUGUAUUCUUUUCACCUAUUCUUGAAUAUAUCGCUGUCUUUGGGCUAAUUCAUCUUAUUCAUUGAGUUUUUCUUACUCUAAUUCAUCUUCUUGUUAUAAUUAUUUGGAUUAGUUUACACUAAAGCUACCUGAAAACAUCGGGGAUUAUUCAUUUUGAUAAUUUUUGUGUUACUUAAUGCGAUCUAAAUUGUCUAUUUAUUUAGAUUCUAAAAUUUCUAU